AUGACCCUUUCAAAGCAACAGAUCAGCAUCAUCUCAGAGAACCCGCUCAAUGAUACCUUAGAUCGUUUCCGGAUCAAGCUAGGCGAUUGCGACCAAAGCGACCAAUUACUGUGGGAUGAGAUUGCAAGUCUCGUCGGAGCGUUGGUUAGCUCUACGGCGGCAUUCCGCCUCCCUUCUCCAGACGCAAGCGGCAAUGUGGCUACAAGGCUCUUCUCAAUACAGCAGCGUGUUCGAGGAGGCGGGAUGACUCUUGAGCCAUUCCGCCCUCUCAUUUCCUCUGUCGUGGACAAUGCUCCUGACGUCAACAUUUGGGAUGCCGUCCUCAGUCUCAUCGACACCCUCAACUCCCUCACUCCUCCUCCAUCCAGCAUCGUCCCAACCUACAAGGGAACACCCGUCAAGACCAGCUCGAGCCGACUUGCCGAUAGCGAAACGCGCGACAUUGUCGAAAGGGAGCUCUUCUUCGAGAUAAAAGACUGCACCUUUCGCAAUGUGGGGGGAUUCUGCGACAAGUUUUUCGACUCCAAGAGCUGGCGCAACGAACAGAAAGAGAUGCUUAAUAGGAUGAUCGUGGCGCACGAUGGAAAGAAGUGGACGAACUUUCCGUCCACUCCCGAUGAAAAACCGGUCUGGACAUGGCUCUGUGCGCUUGAAGAACGCUUCUUGACUGAUGCACCCCACAAGUUAUACACCACCCGAACCGCUAACCAGUUCAAGGAACGGAAAGGCCAGAUGGAUAUCUUCUUUCAGAUGCCAGACAGGGAAGCUAACAGCACCUUUACAUACAAGGACGUUCUUGUCGUUGGAGAGCAAAAGAAGUCAUACGACGCGAGCCGGUUCAAGGCGGAUCUCCUCCAACUUACUCGCUAUAUGGAGCUCUGGGUCUUCGAUCGGUCCGGGCCGUAUAGCUCAGGGUUAUUCGAUAUUCACGACGAGCCAGACAAGUUCGCGCGAGCUCUUGUUGGAUAUGCUACGAUGAAUAAGCGGAAACCCGAGGUGGACCAUCUCGAGCUGGCAGGAGAGAAGGGUGUCAAGGGGGUGGCGAGAGUGGUGGCGCACCGUCAAAUCACCAACAUUGCAGACAUGCGGAAGGGACUGGAGUUUCCAAAACCUCACCCGUUUCGGGAUGAAGACGUUUAUUUCAGGGAUCUACCAUCGGCCAGGCGGCGGUCCAACAGCCAGAAACCGAAGCUGGCUAAGGAAAUCAAGGAGCAGCUGUCGAUCGGCAAGACCAAACCAAGCUUGUAUACUUCUACGGGCGAGGAUCCAUUUGAGAACAGGAUCUAUUCGUGCCUCGUCGUCUCACCAGCCGGCCGUGUCAUCAGCGAUUUCAAGACGAUCAAGGAACUGCUCCAGUCGAUGCGAGAUGCGAUCAGGGCACACCAAUCUCUGUAUGUGACCGGCAAGAUUCUCCACCGCGACGUCUCUUCAAACAAUAUCAUUAUUACGAAACCUGAACUGGCGGAUGGCUUCAAGGGCAUGCUCAUCGACCUUGACCUGGCCAAAGUGAGAGACAGUGGCCCGAGCGGAGCGCGGCACCAGACCGGCACGAUGCAGUUUAUGGCGGUCGAGGUGCUGCGCGAGGCCGAUCACACCUACCGACACGAUCUGGAGUCGUUCUUCUACGUCCUGAUUUGGAUGUGUGUGCGUGAAUCAUGGACCAAGAAGCAGUUUAGCCGUGGAGAGGGGCCCCCUAAGGAGAGUCUUCUUCGGAGAUGGGAAGUCGGCAGCUUCAAGUAUAUUGCGGCUGCUAAAGAAGGCGAUAUGACCGUCAAUAGGCUUGAAGAGAUUAUGGGCGAGUUUCCAGAGUCGUUGGAUGUUGUCAAGCCGCUCUGUUUGAGGAUCAGAUCGAUAAUGUUUGGAGACACAGCGAGGCUUAACUUUGGAACCCCUGUAGGGGAUUCAGACCAACUUUACAAGCCCCUCGUAGCUGCCUACGAUGAUACUAUCAGCGAGCUCUAG